CGUUCCUUGUCUCCUCACAAUAGUCACAAGGAUUUUUCUAAUUCGAUUGCCAUCAAGAACACACACACCGGCUUCAGAAUGAUGUUAGCACUGUUUUGAGACAAAAUCAGGAAGGGGCUCUUUCACAACAUCAAGCAUGUCAAUUUCUAUGAAAGAUGUGGACCCGUCUUUCCGCGGAGUUGGACAAAAGGAUGGUUUGGAGGUAUGGCGUAUUGAAAAUUUCAAGCCUGUUCCCGUGCCAACAUCUUCAUAUGGAAAAUUUUACAUGGGUGAUUCAUAUAUUAUCUUAAAGACAACGGCCUUGAAAAAUGGCUCGUUCCGCCAUGACCUCCACUAUUGGCUUGGGAAGGAUACUAGUCAGGAUGAAGCUGGAACUGCUGCAAUUCUAACCGUGGAGCUUGAUGCUGCCCUUGGAGGACGUGCUGUGCAAUAUAGGGAAGUACAAGGCAGUGAAACUGAAAAGCUUCUCUCAUAUUUUAGACCCUGCAUCAUGCCACAGCCAGGAGGGGUAGCUUCUGGGUUCAAUCAUGUAGAGAUCAAUCAACAAGAUCAUGUUACCCGCUUAUAUGUGUGCCAAGGAAAGCAUGUUGUUCAUGUCAAAGAGGUUCCUUUUGCUCGUUCAUCCCUUAAUCAUGAGGACAUAUUCAUUUUGGAUACCAAGAACAAAAUUUUCCAAUUCAAUGGCUCUAACUCAUGCAUUCAAGAGAGAGCAAAAGCUCUUGAAGUUGUGCAAUAUAUCAAAGACACCUUCCAUGAGGGCAAGUGUGAAGUUGCAGCUGUUGAGGAUGGAAAGUUGAUGGCUGAUGCUGAAGCUGGUGAAUUUUGGGGUUUGUUUGGUGGUUUUGCUCCUCUCCCAAGAAAGACAUCUUCAGAGGACAAUGAGGACAAUGGAGACGAUAAGGAAACUGUAACCAAAUUGCUAUGUUUUAACCAAGGAACACUAGAGCAUAUCAAUUACGAAUUAUUGGAGCAUGAGUUGCUUGAGACAAACAAAUGCUACUUGAUGGACUGUGGUGCUGAAAUGUAUGUUUGGACGGGGAGAGGUACUUCUUUGCAACAAAGAAAGGGUGCAAGUGAAGCUGCUGAGAAAUUGCUCAUUGAUGAAAACCGGAAAAGAUCAAAUGUUGUCAAAGUGAUUGAGGGAUUUGAAACAAUCGUGUUCAAGUCAAAAUUUAACAAGUGGCCACCUACACCUGAUUUGAAGCUAUCAUCUGAGGAUGGCAGAGGGAAAGUGGCAGCUCUACUCAGAAGUCAAGGAUUGGAUGUCAAAGGAUUGAUGAAAGCUGAUCCUGUAAAAGAAGAACCCCAGCCUUAUAUUGAUUGCACAGGUCAUUUACAGGUUUGGCGAGUAAAUGGCAAUGACAAGACUCUUCUUUCACCUUCUGAUCAAUCAAAACUUUACACUGGAGACUGCUACAUUUUUCAAUACACAUACACCGGAGAUGACAAGGAGGAAUGUCUUGUUGGAACUUGGUUUGGAAAGAAAAGCAUUGAGGAGGAGAGGACAUCGGCAAUUUCAUUGGCUAGCAAGAUGGUUCAGGCUGCAAAAUUCCAAGCUGUCCAGGCUCGCCUCUAUGAAGGGAAAGAACCAAUCCAAUUUUUUGUCAUAUUUCAAAGUCUUCAAGUUUUUAAGGGUGGACUUAGCUCUGGAUACAAGAACUUUAUUGCUACAAAUGGUAUCGAAGACGACACUUAUGUAGAAGCUGGGCUUGCUCUCUUUCGGAUUCAAGGCUUGGGAUCAGAAAACAUGCAAGCAAUUCAAGUUGAUGCAGAGUCUUCAUCAUUAAAUUCAUCCUACUGUUAUAUUCUACACGAUGGAAAUACUGUGUUCACAUGGAUUGGGAACCUUACGACCUCACUGGAUAAUGACUUGGUUGAGAGACAGCUAGAUGUGAUUAAGCCAGAUUUGCCAUCCAGGUCACAAAAGGAGGGGAAAGAAACCGACCAAUUCUGGGAACUUUUAGGUGGUAAAUCCAAGUAUUCAAACCAAAAAAUAGGAAAAGAAAAUGAAAGCGACCCUCAUCUUUUCUCAUGUAUUUUAUCCAAAGAAAAUUUGAAGGUCAAAGAAAUACACCACUUUACUCAGGAUGAUCUGAUGGCAGAAGAUAUUUUCGUUCUUGAUUGCCACUCCGACUUGUUUGUUUGGGUUGGACAGGAGGUGGAUACCAAAUUGAGAUCACAGGCGAUGGAUAUCGCCGAGAAAUUUCUUCUACAUGAUUUCCUUAUGGAAAAUCUCUCCCAAGACACACCGGUUUUUAUUGUUACAGAAGGAAGUGAGCCACCGUUUUUUACUAGGUUCUUCAUUUGGGACUCAGCAAAAUCACGGAUGCAUGGUAGUUCAUACCAGAGGAAGCUUGCCAUUGUAAAGGGUGGAGUGACUCCAUCGGUUGAUAAACCCAAAAGGCGAACAGCAGCAUUUUCAGGAAGGAACGCAGGACAAGAUAAAUCUCAGCGCACAAGAAGUAUGUCCCACAGUCCAGAACGUCACCGUGUCCGAGGAAGAUCUCCAGCUUUCACUGCAAUAGCUUCUGCAUUUGAGAAUCCAAGUACCCGAAAUCUUUCCACCCCUCCCCCUGCUGUCCGGAAACUCUUCCCAAAAUCCGUUGGGUCUGAUUUCUCAAAGACAUCAUCCAAAGAAUCAGCUAUCAGUUCUCUCACCAGUGCUUUUGAGGGUCCUACGAAAAGCACAAUACCUAAAUCUGUAAAAGCGAGCCCCGAAGGAGAGAAGACAAUACAGGAGGAAGGCUCGACAGCCGGUGCAAGUGAAAAUGACCUAGACGAUGACGAGGGGGGAACAAUCUACCCAUAUGAACGUCUGAUAAUCACAUCUGAUGAUCCUGCUCCUGACAUUGAUGUCACCAAGCGAGAGGUCUACUUAUCAUCAAGUGAGUUCAAAGAGAAGUUUAACAUGACAAGAGCAUCAUUCAACAAUCUUCCGAAAUGGAAGCAGAACAGGCUAAAGUCUGAUCUCCAACUCUUUUAGCUUAACUCUGUGCAAUGUCCCUGUACUCACCUUGGAGGCUUCAAAAUUUUUUGAGGGCACACGAGUUUCCAUGCCAUUAUCAAUUUCUUCUCUUUAUCUAUUCUUUCAGCAGCAACAAGUUAACUAGGUCUCGGGUAGUGCCUUUCCCCUUUAUUGAUCUAGAGAGCUCAUGAAUGUUGUGUUGUGGGUCUCACAUUUUUGUACUAAUGCAAUUUUUAAGAAAAAUGUCUAUCUGCUAUC